GGCGGUCGGCGGCUUCAGUUUGACGUGCGAAGUGGAAGUGCUAGUAGCGUCGGCUCCGCGCACCGAUGUGAGUGUCAGUGGGCGCAGCGGGCUCCUCGAUUCGGCGUUGGGGAGCAGCACGCACAGCAUGCGCGGGCAGCCGGAUUCGGACACCCUGCCCACCGAUCCGCCGACCACCAGUCUGUUGGGAUGUUUUGCCGCUAACGCCACAUGCUUAUACACAAGUUUGUGGUACCCAUCACUUUAACGCUCCUCGUCAGUCUUGUCAUGGUGAAGUGCCAAAGUUUCAGUUUCAAGAACAAAAACCAAGAGCUAAGCAGUGACGAGCAAGACGGACGCUCCAUCCAGAUCGAGCUCGCUCUCUACAACCGGUGCAGCAAAGGAAGUAUUCUGCUCGAGGGCAAGAAAGUGACUGCAGUCGCCGGCCCUUCCUUCAGCAAGCUGGUACUGACGUCGGUCGGCAUGGACUCCACGCUCACCAUCCAUUCCAACGGCACCUUCCUGUGUUUCAACAAGCGCGGAAGGCUCGUCAACAAGAAACGGCGCAGCAAGCGGAAGAGUCUGUGCCAGUUCCGCGAGAUCCUGCGCCACAGCUACUCGACCUUCGAGUCGGUCUUCAACCCGCACUGGUACAUCGGCUUCAACCGCACGGGCCACCCGAUCCAGGGCCCCAACGUUCGCUCCCGGAAGUGGAAGUGUGCCAUGUUCCAGAAGCGCGAGUUCCGAUCCGCGCCACCGCAGCCCUUUGACAAGGUGUCCCAGGACGAGUGGGCCAAGUACUUCGAGGCCCCCAAGGCGGCCAACAGCUGACGGCCGCUCGGCGACGCAUUUCGGCUCCCGCUAGCCUGGUCCACGCCGCGAGCUCCGCGACCAGCUCUCCAAGAACGCCAUGGACCUCCGGGCUGAACCCCCGGCUCAGGACUGUCUCGCCCGAGCAGGCGCCGGGACGCAGCUCCCUCCCUUAACCCUGCAUCCGGUGGGCGCCCACUGCACCCUCUUCCGACACUAACAUUAUCGCAUCUGUGUGUAUAUACGCAUCCCCUUUCUUCGCUUUCUUUGAUUCUUCACGAGUGUACUGGUAAUUAGUGAACCUAGGAAGAGACGCACUUUUACGCUAAGGUUCGCACGGCAUCCCGAACGCCUUAACCUGCCUUAACGUGAGAGGUUUCCCGCAGUCUCGUAAGCUGGAGAGCUGGACUCUGCGGAGGGACUAAGAAACUGGUUCGAGCUUUCGCCUUAUUUAUUCAACAGGUGCUGCAAAGUUGGCCUCCAAACACUGUAACGUGAGCAACCCUUCGAAGGAUUCAAGGUUUAGAAGGUGUGACAUGGAGGGGGGGGGGGGGGGGGGGGUGGACCUCGCUUCAUCCUGUUGUGAAGAUGACUUCCAACUUUGCCAUUAAGAGAGAAAAGUUAUUGUGAGCGCCACGCCACUCCUAUCUACGCUGACCGAGGAGGCUUUUUUUGGCAUAUCAUCUAACCUUUUCAGAGAGCCUGGCGUGUUGCAGUGAACUCUCGACACACAGGCCUGUUGCGCAGGAACCGUUUUAGGAGCCCUGCGUUGUAACGCGCUGGUCGCGUCUCUCUAUGCUCGCAUGCAUGCACUUUCUCAUACGAUUCGAGCUUGUUCAGCGCGAACAUGGGACUCGUGAGUCUCGCGCUGGUCUGUUGCCGUCGUGAUGCGUAAGGUUGAGCUCAGCUGCAAAGCCGAACCCCUUUGCUGGAUGUAUUUGGUAAAUAUCAGACUCAUGCUUUCGACCGGGCCAAUUUUACGAAUUGAAACUGUAGCUCUUCAAUGAGGGGGUGUUACUACAGAGGUCGGCUUUGAAGAACGCCAGUAGCAUUCACCGAGACUUUACUGAAAAGUGCGGCAAAGACGCACUCUUCGGCGUCAAUACGUCCUGUCAAUCGGCUUACGAGGUAGCGAAACAAUGUCUCACGGGUUUAGAUAUGCUCGUUUUUUCUACUCCAAUUUUGAGACAGUUACAGCUGUUAGGGAUGCAGUGUAAACAGCGUUGAAAUAUGAUGCCCUAAGACCCCAUGGGAAUGUACAGUAGCCGUCACAUUUUGCUCUUCGUAUUUCAUCCGAUGAUGCAGAGUGUAAGCGAAUUUGCAUUUCUUAUGUCGACUGGCGCAAAGUAACCUCGCCGAAGUAGACAUCAGCGAUCCAUCGAGUUCUUUCGCUGGCUGUUUACUGGGUGCGCGCUCGCGUGCAGGUAGAAAUCAUUCCGUUCACCUCAGGUGCUUUUUUUUUUCUCUUUCCGAAGUGUAACAAACUGUAUAUAUGUACACACACGCAGUAUUUAUUUCAAGUACAUUGUAAAGAAAAUGUAUGUGAAGUAAGAGAUAAAGUACUGCCGCCGCGAAUGCCAGAUUUUUCCGGUUGUGUUUCAUCGCGUUUUUGUUCUCUGUUACUGCAUAAUGUUACUGUAUUGUUGUUGUGUUUUUUUUUUAAAUAUAUUAUUGUGCAUCUGGUAUAAAUAUUAGGAAAUUGCGGUAGUCACUCUUCUCGGGCCAGCAGUGUCAUGGGUUCUAGGGGCUUUACGCCUUCUCAACUGCUUGUCCUAGCGACAAAAUAUAUGGACGCAGGAGUCUGUUGAGGUGUACCGCGCCCCGGCUACCUGUUCGCUAAUACAUAACGCUGGGCGCUUUCUCACAUCCUCCUGAGGAGCGGCAUUUUUUUCGUGCGAUGUCGUGUCUCGAGUCCCACCAAAGCUCUGCUCGCGAAUGUGCCACCUUCUCUCCAGGCUAUCAAAUGGGACCACUCGCUUUUUGGUGGCUUUGUUCCCGUGCUUGUGUUCAGCUGCUCAGGUCUUGUGAAGUCAUUCGCCGGUCGAUCGGGGCACGUGUCGUUGGCUGUUUUAGAGCUAAGAAAAGAUAGGAGACCAGCGAUCCAUCAACGGCUGCUAGAUUUACUUCGACGCGUUUGCGAAGAUUCUUUCGGCGUGUGUGCGUCGGCGAUUCUCCUGCCAAACGCCUUGGCCGCACUCGUCUUGCCCCGCCCUCUGAUAGCAUUUUUGUUUUUGUUUUCUCACAUCAGGCUACUUUUUAGAGACGUUAGUUGCGUUGGUGCAUAUUGAAUGCAUUUAACGAUGUAUUAUAUUUUGGGACAAUUUUGCUACCCGUAAAUCUCGCGAAAUUGAUUGUGUGGAGAUGAUGACGCGUGAAACCUCGAGGAUAUUCAAAAUGCAAGAUUGGAGACCGUCUUUUCAUUUUCACGGAACACUCAUAUGCACCUCUUCAGUCGGCCUUCAGAACUCAGUCUUAAAAAGAAAGAAAAGAAAAAAUAAUUAACUUUGGUUUGCGUGAAGCCAAGACCUCCAUGGCAUUAUACAUUCAGCAUAGAAAACAAGUUCAUUAGCGAUUAUCAAGACAACAACCGAACUCCUCUAAGAUAGCCAUGAUAUUGUAGCGUCCGAAAAACGCAACUGUCGGACGUUGCAAAAACAGCCGAAAUCAAUGCUAAAAAAUUAUUUGCAAUUCCUGCCAAUCAUUUUUUUUUUAACCUAAAUGUUUUUGCGCGGAGAUGGCAGCGAUAUUUGCAUUUACGGCGAGUUGUAUUACUCGAGAUCGUCGGUGAACGCGCUCGCUUUCAGGAAACGGUCAGGUGUGAACAAAAACAAACGAACGCCGAAAACCAAAAUAAAGAAAAGCGAGACUUCGAUGACCCGGUGUAUUCGUCUUAUCAAGGUGGCUGUGGGGUCCUUACUAGAUGGACUAGUUUAAGGUACGAAACAAGGGUCUACUUGUCUUCCUUUAAAUAAAAGAAACAAAAGGGGGAAAAAAUGAUGUCCUCGUUUAUCCUCUUUGUCUCUUUUGCCUGUAGGUUCGUGCACGCGUCCUCCUCCCCAGACAAAAUUAUUUUCCCGUUUGAUAUGAACAGGCGUGACGUGAUGCUCGAGCGUGCUCCUCGGUUUGUGGGGUCACAUUGGUGUUGCCGAGUGCUUUUGCAAAAAAAAAAAAGCUAGGAGUGGAGUGAAGGCUGUUACGCGAGCGCUUUGCUUGUAUUGUGUCUUGACUGCCCGCCAAGUUGCUAGCUUAUCCUUUAUAUUAUGACAUGGUUGUUCCUGUGUCGGUUUAUACAAGCUCCGUAAAAAAUCGGAAAUCCCUGGGCGUGUUCCCAUUUAAAUGGAUGCACCAUUGGUCUACUAGUUUGAGUACGCUUUCGACGGAUGUGACCUUUCAAUUGUAAUUCACGAUUACCUACGCAGCAAGCACGUGUCGCCGGUAAUAGUCGUCAUCAUAGAUUAUAUAUUGUUAGUUUCCCAGCAUCUGUAUGUGGGCAUAGGAGCGCGUGUUUUGCGAUGUCCCGUUCUGUAACAGCAACAAAAGAAUGCGUUUUUUUUUGUUUUUGUUUUUUUCGGGAAUUUGAGGGCUUAGUUUUUUCUGCAGAUCUUAUGUUGCAACAUACUGUGUGUUUCUGAGGCGUUCGCAGAUAAAUUUCGUUCGCUCCGCCAUCGAAGAGUGAUUAUGUCAUCCGUUGCUUGCGUGAAUUGUCGCAAACUUCCGAGAUGUCAUCGACCUCGCACGGCGCAUGCCUGAUGGUGGGACGGGAUACUCGCAUUCCAUUUAGCGAGAGGUCUUUGUUGGUCGGCGUAUGUGCGACAUGGUGACUUCAGUAUGCAGUGAAGCUUGCAAUUGCACCGUGUUGCCCACGCAAUCAGAGACGCAGAAUUCCCUGUUAACAUAUAUUUGUUUCGUAAAACUAUUUCAAUUAUAUUCCAUUGCCCACCAUAUCCGAUUGGGGGAAAUAAAACGGAAAUUCAAAAUGAAUCAAAGUAUUUCACAAGGCUGAAAACUAUUUGGGGGAGGUACUUGCCAGGAUUCAGCCGCACCGAUAUGGCUAUAUAUAUUUUCGCUUCAGUGAAAGCGUGAUAGACUUUGCGAAAGUCCAUGUUGUGAUAGGACAGUGGGCAGAAGUAAAAACAAAGGAUACCGAAUGACAGUUUGCUUUUAGAACGUUUUCUGCUUCAUUUCAAAUUGAUGUAGCGAUUCUUUAUAGAAAAAUACAGAUGACUCGACUCAAGAAGUACCUUGCGUAGCAAUAAAUGUUUUGCGCAUUAAGGACUGGUGAGGUAAAACGCCGAGGGCUUAACUAUAUUAGGUAUACUUAAAACCAAUUAAUCAUUCAGCGGUGUGAACUUAAAGGUAAUAUUACGCCAGCUAUCAAAGCUCGAAAGAAAUUGACAAAAUCCAGUUCAAUAAAGCACUGUCCGUGGUGCCGCACUGAUUAAAGACAUGGGAUAAGUUUUUUUUUUUUUUUUUGAGUCUCUGGUUACGCGAGAGAACUUGGAGAAAUAUAAUGUAAAAUAUGAUAAUAAAGGGAUAAUGAGAUUGACAUCAAGUAUACAAACAAAUGAACUGUUAAUAUAAAUAUUGUAAACUAAGUUUCUACGCACUGCACUCUAAUGUCCAAAGUUCCAACACCAAAUCUCUUACUCAUUUACAAAAAAAAAGUGACGCAUGUAAGCGUCGUCCUCAUAGUUUAAUAGCAUCCGCAGUCAAUUUCGAAGGAAUUGCAGCUCCGAAGGAGACAUUCGAAUUGCUUCUGAUGUGCAUGGUCCCCUUUACCUGGAAGUCUUGCGUAAAAUUUAACGCCCUCGCGUUCGGACGAAAGGUACCUAAAAACAAAAAUGAAAAAAAGAACGGGGGGGGGGGGGGGGGGGUCGUAAGAUUUGGGUCGCACAUACCAGAGCAUAACGAGCUAGACAUUUUCAUACCAAAUGUUGGUAUACCUUUCAAUUCUUUAUAUGUCCAUGUUCGUAUUUUACCCCUUUUUCAUAUUUAAUUUUUCUUUCAAUCGGCAGUUUCCCGUUGUUUCCUCUAAAAAAAAACUCCUCAACUUUACUACCUUCCCUCACCAGAAAAAGAAUAAUAAUAAUAAAACGAAUAAACCUGCGUCACAUUUGAUUAUUAUCACGGGUGACUUGAGCAACGGAUCGCUUUAUUUGUAACGUUUUGUGCCCCCUUGAGUUCGGUACACAUAGGGUGCUGCGUAUUGAACAGGCCCCGUAGAAUUGCGUUUAUACGAGUAGAAACGCCAGACGACUGCUCAGACGCCAAACGCUGUCCGGCGUCCGAGUAGUGUUCGAAGAGUGAGUAUAGACGAAGGCCAUCUAGCUCUAGGUCUACCCACUAUAAUAGGGAGUUUUAGUAGACCGUGUUUCCCGCUCCGCUAGCCCUCCGCUACGAAGAAACCGCCACUGCGCCUGCGCGCCGAUGGCCUUGGCUGUAGAGUUCCGGGUAGCGGAGGGGCUGAGCGGAGCGGGAAACACGGUCUACUAAAACUCGCUAAUCAUUCCAAGCAGAGCUCGGCGUUCUGACCGUGCCCUCUCGUCUCCUCCAGUAUUUACCCGUAUAUUGAAACACGUCCGUCCGUCUCUUUUUGUCCCCUACUUGUUUGAACUUUUCUUUCCUCAGUCCGACACUUUAUGAGUUGACAUAUUUCUUCAGUUCGCAUCCCGUGGCCCUUCGGCUUGUAUCAUCGUUCUCCCGCGCUCGAUCUUUCUCAGGUAGGAGUGAUGGUCGUGGCGGAACUCGCGUUUUUCAUCGCUCCGAAACAACUUUGGAUCCGUGUUGCGCAACUUGCAUCGAACCCAAAGCAACCGGGUGGCCCACUUUCCGGGCAUGAGGCUGUUAUCGGGAUAUAGCUUUCUCACACAUGUCAGCUGUUUCAAACGCAACCAGAAAAUAUACAAAGGAUACGCGCGGUUAUGCUUGCGACUAAUCGGUACGGAGGUUAGCGCUGCUUUAGGAAAAGACGCAGAGUGAGAGAAAAAAAAAAAGAAAUGCCUGGAAAGAUUGGCGAUUGUUAUUAUCUGUCCCCCUUUUCUUUUUUACUAUUUUUUUUAUACUACUGAAACGUGUCGUGUAGUGCACUUUAUUAUUGUUAUUUUUUUCCGUAAGCAGUGUUCUUGGGGUAAACUAAACCGUGCUUCCGGGAUACGUUGAUAAGACGCGUUGCGUUUUAGAUAUCGUAGCCACGCGGAAAACAUUCCACCGCGCGUCCGGUAAAGAUUAUUCGAACAAUCUGGCCUUUGCAUUUGCGUGUUUAUCGUCACAGGAUUCCAACAGCAAGCUACGCGAAGAAAAGGAAAAGACGCUGCUACUGUUUUCUAUAAGAGCUUUUCUCUGUACUGUGCCCUCACGCCACCUAUCAGGAGCAACAAAAAUAUGAGAGGAGUAGAGCACUUUUUAAGGAGAUAAGGCAAACACAUGAUGAAAUCACCAUUUGUUCUAUUCUGUAUGUGCGCUCGCGUUGGUAGACGCGGUGCACCUGACAAGCGUCGCGGGUCUCGCCGUCACCCUUUUGCCGGAGCAGGUGGCGAUCCACAAAAAUGCCGCGGGCUCGAGAGGCGCCUUGCGUCGCUCAAUACAUUCAAUACCAAAUAUCCUGCGGAAAGACACCGUGUUUGUUUUUGUUGACCGGGAGUCCACUAUGGCUUCGAAAGCCCUUGGUGGUAUACCUGUUUAACUUAAACGUGCGCGCUUUUCUUUUUUUUUUUUUUACUCGUUUGUUUGGAAUGGUGCAAUAAACUUAUGUGCCGUCGUGCGAUUCGUAGCAUAGUUUCUUAAAAUGCGCUUCAUGUCGACUAAGUCUUUUUUACCUGUAAUUAAAAGGUAUACACAUAUUCAUAUUCCUUUUUUUUUUUUUUUCUUUUCUUUCGUGGCCAUGUUUCAGACAGACUAGAACUAUUCCCGUUUGAAGCCACGAGACUGACAGGCUCUUAUUGAGACGUUUUGUACGAAUAAUGAAUUAAAACAAGUAUAUAUGUGUGUGUUUGUCGUGUAUCCAUAAACCAGUGAACUAUGCUUUUUUUAUGGACUGAAGUGCGCCAUGUGGAAAACUGGAAUGAAUCGUGUGUCAUGCGAAUUUCGCAAUCACAAAUAUUUUGAAUGCGACUUUGUACGAAGUUCCUACUGUUGCAAACGUGCCAUAAAAAGCGUCAUGGCAGAUGAGUCUCACUGUAAGACUGUGGAUAUCAUUAUUUGUGUUAUUGCAUGCGUGAAUGUGUUUUGGAAUAAACGUGUACAUCUGCCGA